AUGGUUUUUGACAAAGAAUCAUCGUCAUCAGUUGCUCCUCAAUCUAAAAAGAAUGUUAAGAGAUCUUAUAUUCCCAAGAGAUUAUUGAUUGGCAAUGAAGAAUAUGUUCGAAUUGGAAAUGGUAACCAGCUGAUUAGAGAUCCAAAGAUACGUGUUCGUGUCCUUGCAAGCGUGAAAGUUCGCUGGAGUUUGCUAACUGCUCGGUUGCGAUUGGCCAGAAAGAGUAAAUAUUGCCAGUUCUUCACUAGAUUUGGAAAGUGCAACAAGGAUGAUGGCAAGUGUCUAUGCAUCCAUGAUCCCUCUAAAGUAGUAGUCUGUACAAAAUUCCUGGCUGGUUCAUGCACCAAUGUCAACUGCAUAUCGACCCACAAGGUUAUCCCUGAGAGGAUGCAAGGUUGCUCAUAUUUUCUGAAAGGUUUGUGCUCCAAUGACAAUUGUCCUUAUAGACAUGUGCAUGUCAAUCCUGAUUCAAGUGUUUGUGAAAAUUUCCUCAGAGGCUAUUGUGCGGAUGGCAAUGAGUGCCAGAAGAAACACACCUAUACCUGUCCUGCUUUUGAAGCAACCGGAGUGUCUCCUCAAGCAUCGCUACACCAUCCAAAAACGAAGACAGAAAAGAAACCAAGGAUUGAGCACAAAGUUGGCUACUUUGAUGGUGGACUUAUUGGAGUUGAUGACUGGAGCUCAGCAUCAGCCGCAGCACCAUCGGUAGAGAAGCUCUCCACGAGAGGUAAGGUUGACAUAGUUGUGUAUGAAGGACAAUUCCCGGAUUAUAUUAGUUUAGAAGUCGCGAUGAUGAAACGGUUCAAGGAUGUGAUGAAAUUCCGCCAGAUGCACAGAAAGAUCAUAGUGUCGUAUAGAUAUAGCGUGUCAUACAUAUAUAUAUUCGUCUCCAGCCAUUGGCAGCCGGAGAUGAACAUCAUAGAUGUAGAGGUAUAG